ACUUCUGCCUUAAAUGAGGAGAGAGGGAGCCUCUCAGAGGAAGAUCUUCAGGUCUCGCAGCAGAUGCGCGCCGUCCUUGGAUGCUCCAGACGCGCAGCGGAGGAUUUUGCGCACUGGAAUCAAGCAGAGCUGAAGAAACGGUCUGCCUGACUGACCGCAGUCUCACAGGCACUUGGACUCAUUUGGUAGCAUUUUAACUCCGCUCAGAGACAACUUCCUGCUCAUAUCGCUCCGGAUUUAACAGAAUAAAACUGUUCGGCUGGAUUUGAAACUUAGAAAACUAAGUCGCUGCUUGAAGAGGAAAUUCCCACAUCCUGAGAGACGGGGACGUUUAAAGAGGAUUGUAGAACUCUUUGCUGGAUUGGACAGGAUUUACUCCAGCUUGAGGUGAUGUUUCAGCGGCAUGCGUGUCUUCUCCUCUCCAAGUCUUCCAGAGAGGUUUAAACCGCCGCUUAUCUUGAAUAAACCGAGAAGUCGCUGAAGAUGGGAGCCCUGCAAACAUUCUUGCUGUUUUUCCUAUUGCACCAGGUCACGUGCAGGAAAGUGCAUGGAGGCGCCACGGAGCUCAUCGAGUGGAGGGACGGUGACAACGGACACAAGAUUUCUCCCACGGGGGCAAGUCCACGGAUUCUCAACCCCCUGCGUUUGUUUGCCAGAGGCUCCCCGGAGCUCAAAAGCAACAUGAGGGAAAUGGCAUAUUUACAGAACACGGAGGACUUUUGGGACUGGUUAUCUAACCAGACAGAUGUUCAGAGUGCACAGGCCAGAACUAAACGCAGACCCAUCGUGAAGACUGGCAAAUUCAAAAAGAUGUUUGGGUGGGGGGAUUUCCACUCAAACAUCAAGACAGUCAAGCUCAACCUUCUGAUAACUGGGAAGAUCGUGGACCACGGGAACGGAACGUUCAGCGUUUACUUCCGGCAUAACUCCACAGGAAUGGGAAACGUCUCUGUCAGCCUGGUGCCACCCUCUAAGGUUGUGGAGUUCGAGAUCGCCCAGCAGUCCACAUUGGAGAACAAAGACACCAAAUCGUUCAACUGUCGCAUUGAAUACGAGAAAACAGACCGGAACAAGAAGACCGCCCUGUGUGGCUAUGACCCGUCCACGGUGUGCUAUCAGGAGCACACACAGAGCCACGUUUCAUGGCUGUGCUCGAAACCCUUCAAAGUCAUAUGCAUCUAUAUAGCCUUUUAUAGUGUGGACUAUAAACUGGUGCAGAAGGUAUGCCCUGACUACAACUACCACAGUGAAACACCAUAUUCUUCCACAGGAUGACAUAACUGUUAGGUGGCAGCAGCCUUGUGUUUUUUCUCCAAAUUAUGUAAAUGUGAAACUCUAAACUUACUGUCCCUAAAAAAAUAACCCUGAAUACCUAAAAUUGCUCAAACAAAGUCACUUUGCAUUUAGACAUAUACACUUGAAAUAUUUGACAAAACCUCUGUAAAUAUAGCACAUGUAUCCAGGAAAAAAAAAAAAAGCUUCAAACAGUAGGUCUUCAGACUUGGUUUUAGAGGUUUGAAGAGGUCAAAAAGCAGUGCUAGCUCCCAUCACAACAGAACAGGCUCGUUAUCGUAAUUAGUGUGUUGUCCAGAUGUUUUCCUUAAAGCUAGACCAUGGGCAAAGUACAAACCUGCAUUCUGCCAGUGUUGGAGCCAAAAAUUGUGUCUGCUAAUUGUAAUAAUUCUAACUUAACAUAUGACGCUAUUUUGAUUCAUCUUAAUAGUUAUUUUCUAAAAAGAUUUAGUUAUUUAGUAGGUCACACAGUGAUUCAAUAAUGCAGUAUAUUAUUUAAAAAAUGGGUAAAUGGUUUAUUGACUUUGAGGUAUAACUGAUUUUCAUUUAUGCAAGGAAAACUGAAAAAAAACGUCAAUUAUUUCAAAUUGAUUCAGCGAGUGUCUUUUCUUAGGGAUUUUAAUAAGCAAGGAUUAAUACAUUUGUAGUUAUCUUUCUCAUGUAUGGCUUAACAGGACAAUAACCAAGCAUUUCAACCUUGAACAUGACUAAAUGCAUUGAUCUAAUCUGUUUUAAAGACUGAUGAAAUUGUUCAGAAUUAGUGUUCUGCAAACAUAUUCCCUCUGCUUGAACUUUUCCACAUAAAUCUCCCAUAGGUGAAGAUGUAAAUCCUUUUUACUGCAGUAAAAUCUAAAGGUCUUUUGGGUUGUGCUUUUUUUUUUCUUUUUUAAGUUGAAUCUUUGUAGGAGUUUAUUGGUAAUAUCUCUGGACUUUGAGGAAUGCUAACUAAAGAGCUUUGGCCAGGGUUGUGUUUAGGUCUGUUGUCCUGCUGGAAGGUGAUCCUCCACCCCUGCUUCAACUUUUUGGCAGCCUCUAGCAGGUUCUUUUCCAGCAUUACCAUGUAUUUAGCAUCCUCUAUUUUCCAAUUAACUCUUCUAAUUUCCUAACUUAAAAAAAGCAUCUCCACAGCACAAUGUUGCCACAACCUUGUUUCACUGUAAGAACAGUAUGCUUAAGUUAAUUUCUACUGUUAGUUUUUGUCACAGAUGGUUUGCAUGUAGACAAAACAGUGACCAGAGCAUAUUUUAGUGUGUUUUUUUUUUUUAUUUGUGGACCUUAAAUGACUUAUGGUAAACUGCACAUGAGAUUUCUUAAGGGUUUCCUUCAAAAAAUGGCUUUAAUGAAAGCCAGAUUUGUAGUGUGCAAAUCUAAUAGUGAUAAUCCAUCCUCGGUUGCGAGGUGUUUGGUAGGGUGUAGGAUAUACCUUGGACAGGUCACCAGUCCAACACAAAUUUAUAAUGGUCAAACAACCAAGUAUCCAUACAGUAACUCUCAGUUCAGUGUGCACAGAUAACCUAUUACGUAGUUUUUUACAGUUUUUCCAUGCUCACAAACAAGAACAUGUGCACAGCACCUAAUAACGUAUUCCCCUUCCUGAGCAGUGGAUCUAUGCAGCUCCUCUGCUACCAAUGCCUACAUGUUUUUAAGUGACGUCUGAUGCAAAAUGGAAGCAAAGUGUUAUAAAACUAAAGAAAUCACAUGAAAUCUCAAUUAAAUUGAGGUUUUGUGGAAAAGUUCAAGAGGUAGAAAUACUGCAUUAAAUUUCAGCUCUAGAGUGGAUUUUCCUGUCCCAAUUACCCGAAGGUGUGUGUGUGUGUUAAACUGGUCUGAAAUCCAACAUCUGUGUUUGCAGGAUGCAGUUUGAGGCAUCAUCCUGCCGAGCGAGCCAUGCAGUGGAUUAAUGUGUCAGGAGAGGAGGGGAGGCGGAUGUAAUAAUUGCAGGACAGGUGGAUUUAGUGAGUCUGGCAGACAAUUAUCAGUACUUUGUCAUGGUCCUCCUAGCAGCCCUGACAUUACCUGUCUUUAAUAGGCUUUAAUUAGCCUUGGAAUUUCUAUUCACCAAGAGAAGAGAAGCUGAAAAACGGAAAGAAAUGGGCUGAGGUAGAAAAAAAAAAAAGAAAUCUGUAAUUUUAAGAAGUGGGAAUAUAUUUGAGACAUCAGGCUUUUCCCAAUCGUGCAGCAAGACUAAGCUGGCAGACUUAAAGUGGAAAACAUCCAGUCUGUAAGUACACGGUGUAAUGUGCUUUGACAUUGCAAUCACCAAGACAGUUUUAAAAGGUUUUGCUGAAAAGCAUCAUCACACAGAAAGCCGUAGAUUGCGUUGCUUGCACACACCCCGGGGUCUUAGGUUAGGGCAUGUGACACAGAUGACACUGCAAUUAUUUCAGUUGAUGCUACUUCAUGGUCCCAUCAUCUGUAAAUGAUCCUGUCACCUUUUGGGCGAGGUGAGGUGUAUGAUAAACCAGAGUCUCUACUGUACAGUGAUAUUUUUAGUUUUACUCGUGCCAAUGCUGUGUGUUUAAUAUGUAACUCUAAAACCAGAUGUAUUUACCAUGGCUUCAGAGGAAAUGAUGUCAGCUUAUUUCAGUUUUCCUUAAAUGAUCUACCAUUAUGUGUGCUUUUGGUGUUUUAUCAGAACUAUCAUGUACAUAAAUGUUAAACCUAC